UUUGCACAAGUUUGCACAAGUUUGCUGAAACCAGUUUACCCGCGAGCAAAACGGCUAGAAAGUCUGAAAAAAGCAGCCGAGAGAUGGCCGAAGUGGUGCACAUGAUUGACAGCGAGGUGUUCCUGGCCUUCUCCACCUACGCUACCAUCGUCAUACUCAAGAUGAUGCUCAUGUCUUUCAUGACCUCAUACUUCCGCUUGACAAGGAAGGUUUUUGCUAACCUUGAGGACACUGCAUUGGUGAGGGGUGAAGAGGACAAAAAGAAGCUGGUUCGCGUAGAUGCAGAUGUGGAACGAGUGAGAAGAUGCCAUCAGAAUGACCUGGAGAAUGUCGUCCCCUUUGUGCUGAUUGGCCUCCUCUACGCCCUGACCGGACCGGACCUCUACACUGCGCUGCUGCACUUCCGGGUCUUCGUGGGCUCGAGAUUCUUCCACUCCGUGGCCUACCUGACCCCGCUGCCCCAGCCCUGCAGAGCCCUGGCCUUUUUGGUUGGCAUGGGCAGCAACCUCUCUAUGGCAUACCGAGUCCUCAGUACAGCACUCUACCUUUAGAGGGCGCCAUUACACAGUGCCACACACAUAGCAUUCCAGCCACUGAAUUGAACCACUUUUUUAUGGAGAAAAGGGAUUAAAAUGAUUUUAAAUGAAUAUGGGCAGCCUGAAAUGGAAUUAAAUUUAUUAAUUUCAUAACAAAGGUUAUGCUGUUAAAGGAAGUAUGUGCAUCUGAAGUCCCAUGUCCCAUUUUUCCAAAAUGCCUAGAGACCACUAGACAAGACCUCCAACUCCUCCAACUAUUAGACCUGAGCCAUACAGGUCUCCUCACAUAUCAAUAUUAUUAGCAUAUGGUUGCCACUGCAAGGGGAUAGAUAGCAGCACAAGUUUCUCUCUCUCAUUACACAGAAAACCUCAAUACUCACCCCAGCAAUUACAGGAAAAUAGUCCCUUUAUCCAAAACCGUUACUUUUCUAGAUUUAGCUUUUUUUAUUCUACCUUUAAAAGGUAACCAUACAGUGACUUCUGAGAGUCAAGUCUACAGAGACAUACUUUUAAAGACAGUCAAGUCACAAAUAAUCCAGGUUUAUGUAAUUGACGCCAUUCUGCAAAAUACUCGCACGGCUAAGAGUACUAUUUCAGGGUCUGUCAGUGAGGGGAAUACUCAGGUGUUUUCUGGGUCCAGAUAACAGCCAAAGA